GCUUUUCCCGCAGGCGCGCGCAGCCUCCCGCGCACUCCGCGCCGCGCCCGCCUCGAGACAGGUCGACCCGCGCCCGCACCAUGCCCAAGUGCCCCCGCUGCCAGAAGGAGGUCUACUUCGCCGAGAAGGUCACCUCGUUGGGCAAGGACUGGCAUCGGCCAUGCCUGAAGUGUGAAAAAUGCGGCAAGACCCUGACGUCGGGGGGCCACGCAGAGCACGAGGGGAAGCCCUACUGCAACCACCCCUGCUACUCGGCCUUGUUUGGACCGAAAGGGUUCGGCCGUGGAGGUGCUGAAAGCCACACCUUCAAAUGAAUUUCAGGGAUGGAAGGAACAGACUUGCCCUGGAUCCCAGCCGCUUCAAAGCAGUAUGGCCACAACAGCCUCAGUACAGUUUCUCCUUGCAGUAAAUCUCACAUAUUACAAAGGCUUUCCAAUGCAGUAUAAUCCUCAAUGACCGGCUGAUUUCCUGUCCUGUGUUAAUUGUAAAACAUUAUGGGAUAGCACCAGGAGCCUCCAGAAAAUAAACUCUUGGUCAAGAAGUCCCUGUGCCUACUUUUAAAACUUGCUCUUCCUGAAGACGAUUCUGCCUCAGUAAUAAAAGCUCAAAUUUAAAA